ACAAGCAACCAGGGUAUGAACUUACAUUGGGCGGAAAUAUUUUGGCGCGAAUAUUUUUGGAAUCAUUUUCUUGCGCGCUUACGUUUGAUUUAGGUAAAAAAAAAACGGUGUGCUCGCGAUAUCUCGAUUAAUUUGUGUUAAUCCUUAAAAGACUUUGGUGGACUUUUUUUGGAAUUAAAUAAUAGUGCUAAUAAAAAGAUAUUGAAGGUGAACAUCAGUUAACCUGGCUUGCGUCGCUAAAUCUGUGCCAAUCCUUACAACUUCUUUGGAUCCUGUGUUUGGAAUUAUUCAUUGGUGUGCAUGUCAUGGAAAUAGAUCCAGCGUCACAUCUAUACGAAUAUAAAGACGGACGUUUUUACAAGUGAAUAGCAUAGUUUGUGAUUUCCAGUAGCGCGGAUAUUUUGGACUUGAAUCAAAACGUGGAUUAGCCUCCCUCCAGGAUUAGAUAAGCAAGCUUAUCAUAAGAUAAUACGGAAAAUACAUCACCACCUGUUGAACGCAGCUGAUUCAAAGGAUACGUAUCUCUGUUGUUUGGAACUUCUUAAGCGAACCUGCAUAUCAAACAUGAGGUGGAAUAGAAUCAGCUAUUGUUGUCUUUGGAUUGCGUUAAUUGCAGACUGUCUGUGUCAAGAUGACACACUGGAAUUGCAUGCGUUUGAGUAUCUGAGACGGUUUGAGCGCGAGCUGCUGCCGGGGCAGUGUCCUGGUAGAAUAAUACAGCAGUCUUCACUCAAACCUUAUCCGGAGCCAUGCAUGUACCCAAACCGCCCUGGUGAUGUUGAUCUGAAGCGGAAACCUGCGGAAACGGCUUUUAAGAUGGUGGUGGACAACCCAGAACAGCUCAUGGAUAAACUAGGUCUGUGUGAUGCAAAGGCUGCGCACUAUUUCGGAUUGCUCGCAAAUGGGGACUGUGUCAGUAACGAAAUUGCUGGCAAAGUAUCGUUUUCUUCGAGGAAUCUUGUGCUGUUGAACAUGGACCACUACAGGCCUCGUGUGAAGACCCUUCACCCAUCAGCGGGUCUGGGAAUCCCAGACGAGUACACCCACUACUUCAUUAACAGUUAUUACACCAGAGCAAUAGCAAUUGGGACAGAGGAGGUUAUCCUGGUUGUGUUGAGUUUUAAGUCCCAGCAGGAGGCCCGUCUGGCUAGGCAAGAGUAUUACAGUAAGGACCUGUCUACGUUGAUAUUGAACUUUGCCAUGACGGUCAACCAACCUACCAAGAUCAAGGUCGUCCGUCUUUCAACUGCUGACAAAGUAUUUGAGACUAAAGUUUUCCGAAGUGGGUUUGCGACUUUUGAAGCAGCGCAGUAUGUGGAGGAAGCAGAGAAUCAUAUGGAUAGGAUCAGAAAAGAGCUCGAUCAGGGGGUGAGACAUUCGCAUCUUAAAUACUCCUUUAAAGCGUAUGAGGUCGGACCUAUGAUGCCUAUAGCAAUUGCGCUUACGUCGGUUACAGAUGAGCAGAAAAGUGGCGCAUGGAAGCAGAUUGCCCUGGUACAGGUGCGCGCAAAACGCAUGUACAACUCCAACAAGCGAUACAGAAAGUUUUGUCGCUCUACUAACGAUUACAGGAAGUACUGUCUGCUUGAAAACCAGACAUUAAAGGAACUGAAGAAGACCAUCACCCGAGUACACACCAUGAGACGCGAUUGGCUUGAUAAACCCUAUGAGUACCAGAUAGAAUACAUCAAUAAUACCAAGAAAAACCUCAAGCUCUGGAACGAUCGCCUACGACUGGUCUCGAAACAGCUCAGGAAAAUUAUCAAGAAAACAAAGACCAAAACUCUGCAAUCAAAUACCAGACUGGUUUUGAAAUCCUAAACUGAUUUGAUAAGAAUUUUCGUCUACGGCAAAUUGAAUUAUGAUAAGAGAUUUAUAAAUUAAAUUUGAAAAAUCCGAUCGUAUAAAAAAAUAAGUUAAAAUUCAAAGAUCACGGAAAAUGAGUCAAUGAAAGAAGAAUGUGAAAGGCAUUUAUUAAACCAUUUUGUGUCCAGUUUGAUAGGUGUUUGAAAAUGGGUUCACACGUCCGUUGGCGUUGGAAAGGGAACAACAGAUACAUGCAACCUGUAGAGUUCUUGCCUUGCAAAAAGCGCUCUGAGAAAUGAAUGUGAGGACAUAAAUAUUGCCAGGAGCCAGAACUUGCUUCGUUAUCGAAACUGAAAGAAAGCAGCGCUUUCAACACUUCAGAUAAGGGCAGAUUAAUGAUGGAAGCCUCCUACGUGAUAGACUUGAAGCGCAAUUCCGGAGACAUUUUAAUGGGUUGAUAUGAUAAACACUUGAUAGAGUAUAGUAAUUUAGAGUCGAACAAUUUCGUUUCACAUAGGAUGGAAUAUAAGCUAUACUUUGAUACAAAUACACAAAUACUUGAACAAAACAAAUUUUACUAGCAAUUAAUGCAAUGUACUAGUAACGCCCUGUACAUACUUAAACAUUUGUAUUUUUAUAGAAAAGUGUAUCAUCUUUUGAAAUAGUAUCUCUUUACUGAGCUAUUUAAAUACUUGUUUCGCCAUAUGGUUAAUGUAUUUAUGUAAAUAUUUUUAACAUCAUUAUUUAUUAUUUGUAAAUAAAUGAUAGGUAUUUGUAUAUACAUGAAAUAAAUUUAUUCAAAUGAAA